UUAUACGAGCCUACGAAAACUGAAUGACUUCUUUUACAUUUCAACAACGCCAACACCCCCCUCCCUUUUUUCCUUAUUUAGUUUUUCGAUUCUCUCUCUCUCUCUCUCUCUCUCACCAAACUCUCUCUCUCUCUCUGGAGCAGCAACAGUAACACCUUAAGCAUCAUCCAGUUUAGUUUCCCGGGUUCCGUUCUUCAACUUCCACUUCUGCAACCAGCAGAGGCUUUCUUGUUGUUGCAGAUUUGGUAACUCAGGGUAUUAUUAUUAGAAGUGAGUGAGUGUGAAAUGCAGAGGGCAGCUGGGGACGCAAAAAGCAUGGGGAAGAGGUCUCUUGAGGGUGGAGAAGAUGACCAGCCUGAACGAAAGAGGCCUGCUCUUGCCAGUGUUAUUGUGGAAGCUCUCAAGGUGGACAGUUUGCAGAAACUUUGCUCAUCAUUAGAACCUAUUCUUCGUAGAGUUGUGAGUGAAGAAGUGGAGCGUGCUCUUGUGAAGUUGGGUCCUGCAAGAAUUAGUGGUGGAAGGUCUUCUCCAAAAAUGAUUGAAGGUCCGGAUGGCAGAAACCUGCAGCUGCAUUUUAGGUCCCGGCUGUCUCUUCCCCUAUUCACUGGAGGAAAAGUGGAAGGCGAGCAGGGGGCUCCAAUCCAUGUUGUUCUUAUUGAUGCCAAUACUGGAAGUGUUGUGACAUCUGGUCCAGAAGCCUGUAUGAAACUUGAUGUUGUUGUCCUUGAGGGUGAUUUUAAUAAUGAGGAUGAUGAAGGUUGGACUCAAGAGGAAUUUGAAAGCCAUGUGGUGAAGGAACGUGAAGGAAAGAGACCCCUGUUGACUGGGGAGCUGCAAGUGACACUCAAAGAAGGAGUUGGGACAUUGGGGGAACUGACGUUCACAGAUAAUUCAAGCUGGAUAAGGAGCCGGAAAUUCAGGCUUGGGUUGAAGGUUGCGCAAGGUUUUUCCGAGUCUCUGCGCAUCCGUGAAGCUAAAACAGAGGCUUUUACAGUCAAAGAUCAUAGAGGAGAAUUAUAUAAGAAGCAUUAUCCUCCGGCAUUGACUGAUGAUGUAUGGAGACUGGAGAAGAUAGGCAAGGAUGGGUCAUUUCACAAGAAGCUGAAUAAUGCUGGAAUAUUCACUGUUGAAGACUUUCUUCGUCUUGUGGUUAAAGAUCAACAGAAAUUGCGGAAUAUCCUUGGAAGUGGUAUGUCAAACAAGAUGUGGGAAGCUCUCUUAGAGCAUGCAAAGACUUGUGUCCUAAGUGGGAAGCUCUAUGUUUAUUACCCAGAAGAUACGAGAAAUGUUGGUGUUAUUUUUAACCACAUCUAUGAGCUGCGUGGUCUUAUAACAGGAGAGCAAUUCUUUCCGGCUGAUUCUCUCACUGAUAGCCAGAAGGUUUAUGUGGAUUCGUUGGUGAAGAAGGCAUAUGAGAAUUGGGAGCAGGUUGUAGAGUAUGAUGGGAAAACACUUGUGGGUGCUGCACAAAAUGAUAGGCCGGAUACACCUGAAAAUGAACUUCAGAUGGAGUCAAUCAAUUACACUACUGGUUUAGAUCAUCAGCUGCAAUCACAAUCCCUUCCAGUGUCUGUUCCAUCUCAACAUCAAUUGAAUUCAGGGAUGCUGGUUGGAGGUUAUAAUGAUAAUUUGGUAACAAGAUACCCAAACCAGCCGCUGAUAGCAAACUCCAACUCCCGGAGCCAGUUUGACAGUUCAUUAUACCUGUCUAGUGACCAAUUAAUGAACAAUGCGCACCAAAGCCAGAACACGAGAAACGAUCAUAGCACGGUUGGGUUAGCUCUUGGUCCUCCUCAAUCAUCAUCAGGGUUCCACGCUGGUAGCUCCUCUGUCCAGCCAUCUACUCUAAAUCCAUUCGAUGACUGGUCACACAACAGGGACAGGGGUGUUGAUGAAUUCUUUUCAGAGGAAGAAAUCCGCUUAAGAAGUCACGAGAUGCUAGAGAAUGAGGACAUGCAGCACUUGCUUCGCCUGUUCAGCAUGGGAGGUCAUGCCCCCACGAAUACUGACGAUAGCUUCUCAUUCCCAUCAUUUAUGCAAACGCCAAUGCCAAACUUUGAUGAGGAUCGCGCUCGUCCAGGCAGAGCAGUUGUGGGAUGGCUAAAGAUCAAGGCAGCAAUGAGGUGGGGCUUCUUUAUCCGGAAGAUAGCAGCUGAGAAGCGGGCACAGAUAGAGGAGUUAGAUGAUUAGGUUGUUUGACAAGAAUUGCAAGCUUAACAGCAGCCUUAAGAUCUCACUGAUAUUUUGCACAUUUAGUUGUCUUCGUCAGUGCCAACUAGAUAUUGAUUAAUGCAUGUGUAUUUUAUUUGACGGCACCUUGUACAGUACAAUGUCCUGUACAGUAUGUUGAUGCUUAGGAAAAACCUUGAUUGCCAUUUGUUCUGUCUUUCAGUCUGAUUUUGAUGUUGUUGCUCUACUCGUCUUAUUUUCUUUCCAUUGGCUUUGGGAUUCUAGGGUCGAAUGUUUAUGGAUCACUUUGUAUUUUAACUAAGAUUUAUCAACUCAGUUGAUUAAUGUAUAAAUGAGCUUACCUACUUGUAUUGAGUUA